CUCUCUGUUAAAGGAGCCACUACCUCGAUACUUCAUGAUGGGGCAUUUUUCUGUCAAGUUGGUGUUCUUCCUUGUUUUGAUAACAACAUCAUUUGUGAUAUUGCAGGGAGCAAGAGAUGGUUGCAAAAACAACAAUGAUUGCAAGCGUAAAUGCAAUGUUGGGUUCAAAGCCGAGUGCGAUAUAAAUGGCAAUUGUCACUGUAUACUUCCACCUAAUGAAGAGAGGCAAUCUGCUAUCGGAGUCAAGGCAGAUGGUUGCAAAAACAACGAUGAUUGCAAGAGUAAAUGCAAUGUUGGGUUCAAAGCCGAGUGCGACAUAAAUGGCAAUUGUCACUGUAUACUUCCACCUAAUGAAGAAAGGCAAUCUGCUAUCGGAGUCGAGGCAGAUGGUUGCAAAAACAACGAUGAUUGCAAGAGUAAAUGCAAUGUUGGGUUCAAAGCCGAGUGCGACAUAAAUGGCAAUUGUCACUGUAUACUUCCACCUAAUGAAGAGAGGCAACCUGAUAUCGGAGUCCAGGCAGAUGGUUGCAAAAACAACGAUGAUUGCAAGAGUAAAUGCAAUGUUGGGUUCAAAGCCGAGUGCGACAUAAAUGGCAAUUGUCACUGUAUACUUCCACCUAAUGAAGAGAGGCAACCUGCUAUCAGAGUCGAGGCAGAUGGUUGCAAAAACAACAAUGACUGCAAGCGUAAAUGCAAUGUUGGGUUCAAAGCCAAGUGCGACAUAAAUGGCAAUUGUCACUGUAUACUUCCACCUAAUGAAGAGAGGCAACCUACUAUCGGAGUCAAGGCAGAUGGUUGCAAAAACAACGAUGAUUGCAAGAGUAAAUGCAAUGUUGGGUUCAAAGCCGAGUGUGACAUAAAUGGCAAUUGUCACUGUAUACUUCCACCUAAUGAAGAGAGGCAACAUGCUACCAGAAUCGAGGAAGCACACAGAUGAUUUCUCUUCAAGAUGGACGUAGAAUGAAAGAAGUAGUACUGUCCUCCUCUCUGCAUGGAAAUUAAGAGUCAUAGUAGGCAAUUGCUUAAUGCAUGAAGCCUCUAAAUAAUUAAUUGACGGAGCCUUAUCUGCAUGUAUUUGGUUCAUCAAUAGUUUGUUCUAGGAUCUUGUGGAAUAAA